AUGUCAUUGUCACUGUCAUCUGGAAGUAGUAUUCUACAUACCUUAUCACUACCACAAUUUCUCUCUGCACGUAAUUCUGGAGGAGUUAUUCAUAAGAGUGGACAGAAGUGCAGAAACAGCACUUAUAAAACGGAGGAUAUUAUUACCCGAACAAUUUAUCGCAGAAAUUUGGCUGAUAUCACAAAAGAAGACCUAAAAGCUUUACUACAAGAAUAUCGAAUAAAUCCAUCUCGACGUGCAUUACGAUCGCGUGUGAUCACAUGUAAAUUAAACGAUCAAAUCUCGCUAUCAUAUCAUGCAUCAACUUCUCAAUUCUAUAUUCAACAACGCGGAUUUCGCACGCGAUCUGGACUGCAGGGCAUCAACGCUAGAAAACCACCAAAACAAGCCGAAAAACCUUCAUUUUUCAGUCGAUUCUUCCCAGAUUUUCGUGCCGCAAAGACUGUGGAAGGUAUUGAUCGCUCGGAUGUGGAUCAGUGGAAUGUUUAUGAAAAUGAAUUGAAAAAAGUUCCAGAAUCUCAGCGAAAAACUUUUACGAGCGCGAACAGUGACACAACAAGCACGCAAGCACCCAAAAAACCAUCCGCUUUAAGCAGAUUCUUUGUGUUUCUGGCGUUGGCCAUAUUCAUCAUUUAUUGGUCUGGUGCUGUCCGUAUUCGCCUCGGAGAUCGUCAACUUGGUUCACUGAUAUUUUCAUCACCUCAGGAAGUGAAACCUGAAGAUGUGACUGUAACUUUUGAUGAUGUUCGUGGGAUGGAUGAAGCGAAAAAAGAGGUGGAAGAGAUCGUGUCGUAUCUACGUGAUCCUGAUCGAUAUUCCCGGCUGGGAGGUCGUCUGCCCAAGGGUGCGCUCCUUGUUGGACCUCCCGGAACUGGGAAAACCCUCUUGGCCAGAGCAAUAGCUGGAGAGGCUCAGGUACCUUUCUUCCAUACAUCCGGCUCGGAGUUCGAUGAGGUUCUGGUGGGUCAAGGAGCACGCAGAGUUCGCGAUCUUUUCGAACGAGCCAAGCAGCGUGCACCGUGCAUAAUAUUCAUUGACGAAAUCGAUUCCGUUGGCUCGAAACGAGUCUCGAAUAGUAUUCAUCCGUACGCAAAUCAAACUAUUAACCAGUUACUCGCUGAAAUGGAUGGUUUCAAUCGAAAUGAAGGUGUCAUCAUAAUUGGUGCUACAAAUCGGGUUGAAGAUCUGGACAAAGCGCUACUGCGACCUGGACGGUUCGAUGUUCGGGUUACGGUUUCACCACCAGACUUUAUUGGACGAAGAGAUAUUUUCAGUCUGUAUCUAAGUAAAAUAAUCCAUACGGAUGAAGUGAAUCUGGAUGUACUGGCUAAAGGUACGACUGGCUUUACGGGUGCGGAUAUUGAAAAUAUGGUGAAUCAAGCUGCGUUGAGGGCAGCUUCUGAUGGUUGUCAUAUGGUCAUGCUGUCGCAUUUCGAAGAGGCUCGCGAUCGCAUUAUCAUGGGACCAGCCAGGUUGCGUGGUCGACUUCCGGAUGAGGAGGCCAAUCGUAUCACCGCCUUCCAUGAAGCCGGUCAUACGCUUGUCGGAAUAUUCACAAAAGAUUCGAUACCACUGCACAAAGUUACCAUCAUUCCCAGAGGACAGUCACUUGGACACACGGCAAUUUUACCCGAGAAAGACGAAUAUCAUAUGACCAAAAGUCAGAUGUUAGCGCAGUUGGAUAUGAUGAUGGGGGGAAGAGUGGCAGAGGAGUUGAUCUUUGGAUUGGAUAAGGUCACUACCGGAGCAGCGGACGACCUCAAGAAAGCAACUCAACUGGCCACAAAGAUGGUGAAGACAUUCGGGAUGAGUGAAAGGGUCGGUCUGCGUGAUUUUUCGCCAGAGGAAAGCAGUGCGUUCGUGCAGGUCAAUGAACUGAGUCCACAGACUUCGGAAGUGAUCGACCAAGAAAUCACUCGACUUCUGAACGAUUCUUACAAUCGAGCCAAAGAAAUUCUCAUAAAACACAAG